GAACAGUUGACUUUGGGUGUAGUAAAGGACACGCUUGUCGUGUCAUUAGGCAUCAGAGUCUUUGUUGAUAUAUAUGGUGUGCAAAUGUCGCUUCAAGCACUGAAGCCAAAGCAAGAGCUGGGUCCUAAAUCGAUGUGCAUGGCUGGUACACAUGUGGAAACAACCAACACCUUGAUUUCAUGGAUCGCAGAAUGCAACGACGGCGUCCUUUGGUGCAGUGGUCUGGUGGGGAUGGGAAAAAGCUCACUCUGCAGCACCCUCUAUCAGCUUCUCAGCUUUGAUAUGAGCAGUCGCAGUCGCCUUGCUGCAUUCAUUCGUUAUGACAGGACUGAAUACCGGGACUCGUCAGAACUCAUCACCUCCAUUGCCUACUCUUUAGGCAUGUUUGAUCACCGCAUAGGCACUAUCAUUGCUAAAGCUUUGACUGCAUCUUGUGCGGCAGUUAAAAUGCUGGCAUCCAAAUCAUGCACCCAGUUUCGACUCCUCCUGCAGGAGCCAUUGGAGGCGAUUCAGGAUUUACAAGAUGAAGGUCCUUUGGUUGUCAUGAUUGAUAGCCUUGAUGAAAGUGAUGUGUCAGAAGAGCUGCUGGCAGUGCUGGCGGACGGAUUUGGGCCUGAACUAUCAUUCAUGUGGCUCAUUGUCUCUAGUCGACCCAAGGAAAAGAUUUCUCAUGUUUUCAAGAACCGCCAGCAUCUCCACUGCUAUCCUUUAGAUACCUCUUCAGAAGAGAUGAAACAUGACAUACAGCACUUUAUCCAGCAGAAGUUUGACAGCAUCAAAGAUAAAUGUAUCUGGGGCAUGCACAAUGAGCCAGAUGUUGUCACUUGGUUGGCUGAGCGGGCGAGCGAGCUGUUCAUAUGGGUGGUCAGAGUCUGUUCAUUCUUGUGUGAUUUUCCCAGCCUUCAGAGGCUCGAGGCAUUACUGAAAACUAUGAUUCCAGCAGAUGCAAUUGAGGCUCUGACAGCAUUAUAUUGAACGGCACUGGAUACCGUCAUGUCAGAAAUAUCUGGAACAAAGGAAGAUGUCCGAUGAUGCAUUCGUGCAGUAUUAGGUGCUCUGAUCAUUCGCAAAGGCAACAUGACAGCACCUAUACUUGCUGGGCUUGUUCUGCAAGAAGGAGACCCUCCAGCACAGCUCAUCGUUGACAAACUAGGAAGUGUAGUGCAGGA